UGUAAAGAAUUCAGGCAACUUCCGGUCAUUUAUGACAAAUCCCAAAAUAGCUCGAAGUAACAUUAAAAAGUUCCAUCCUCGGAAAAUUCUCAAGAAUUUUUCAGUAAAAAGGACCUUUCCCAUUGUGAAGAAAUAUUUACAAAGCUUUGUGUACUUAAAUUCCGAAAAACUGUGUAAAACUGUAUGUUUUAUGACAACUAUCGCUCCUGAUAAAAUGCUCAUCCAUUCCCGAUUUCCGAAACAUCUUUAUGUGAUCGCUGUAGGCGUAUUUACAUAUUCGUAUGGGAACAGCUGAUAAUGAUAAGCAACCGGUUGGAAGUGAUGGACAACAAACGGCCGAGAGGGGAUUUAUCAUCAAGCAAAAACACAUCGUUCAGUAGCAAUGGUGUUGAGCUUUUGAACAGAGCUACGCAAUUUAGUAUUAACUCUGUUUGGCAUUCCUGUGCUGUAUAUCCCUUGUCAAAUGGCUGUGUCUUUAGCGAAUCUUGUCAGUCUGAAGGAUUGUAUAGCUGUUGUAGCCGAAUCUCGUCCCCAAAGAGCUCCGGAAAAGAUUCUCAACAUCAGAGUUGAACAACUUUCCGAUCAACCUGGCUACUUGGGAGAGUACGCUUAUUUGCUGGUUACAGUAGAGGAUAUCAAAGGAUGCAACCAUGAGCUUCGGUACUUCGUUAAAAGUUUACCAUAUAGUGAUCCCAAGCAGCGAAAGAUUGUUCAAGAGUUUGGAAUGUUUGCCAAGGAGGCACACAUCUACAGGGACUUGUUUGCUCUUUUCGAGCAGUCUCAGGGAAAAGUCACCAAAUGGAGACCGAAUUGUUGGCUGAUGAAAGAUGAUUUGCUUAUUAUUGAGGAUCUACAAGGGCAAGGUUUCAAGACGAUGCCCUAUGGACAGGACUUUAAUAAAGAGCAUAUGCUGUUGAUGCUCGAUUGUAUGGCUCAGAUGCAUGCCUGUUCAUUGAAUUUGGAGUACAACCGCAUGGGUGGAGAAAAAUUGGAACCAAAGUUUUCACCGAUACUAUUUGAGGGAACAAUCAAAAGGGACAAUGCCUGGUUCGAAGUUGGAUUAAAGGCCAUUCAGCAAGCAGCUUUAUCCUACUCGAAAUAUUCUGAAAAUGCAAAAUACCGAAAAGUGAUCCAAGAAGAAAUGAUGCCACGAAUGGAUAAAGUUUAUGAUCUUGUUCAGCCAACUGAUCGCUAUCAGUGCGUAAUAAAUCACCGGGAUCUAUGGUACGGAAACAUGAUGUUCCAGUUUGCUAAAGGGUCUAAGGACGAAUCAGUAGAUUACACCAAACCCACGAGCUGUCUAUUGAUAGACUUCCAACUGUCCAGGUAUUUACCUCCAGCAGUGGAUUUCAUGUGUGCAAUUUAUUUGCUCACGAAAAGAGCCCAUCGAGAUGAACUAUUUGAAACUUAUGUACAGCACUAUUAUAAACAACUAAGCGAAAAUCUAUCUAAACUAAACCUAAAAGUAGAUAAAAUUUUACCAAAGAGUCAGUUUCUGACAUCGUUAGAACACUUCCGCCUGGUUGGACUUCUCUUAUCCGGAUACCUGCUGCCGUAUGUGAAUCUACCGGAUUGCUACAUGGCAAAGUUGCUACAGAAAGAUCCCGAUGCGUACUACGAGUUUGGUCUGGUGUGUCGAGACAAGGUGCUCCAAGAGCAUCUGCAGCAGGGUGGAUACUUCCGGGAUUGUUUUUUGGAUGUUAUCAACGAAACAGUCGAGUUUUUGUUUGGUUUCAAAUAGUUUACCAGUGAUGGAAUAAAUUCGGAUUUUUUUUUUUAAUUUAA